AUGAGAUCCCUUAGCGUCUUGAUUCUUCUCGCAUCCCUUUUUGCCUUGGGUGCUGCCCAGCAUUCCGCCGGAGGAAAGAGCAGAAAAGAAAAUUCCUUCUCCAAGAUCGUUCCCCGCCUGCUGUGGAACAUCAAGCGCGGGGACAACCAGGAGAGCCAUCGAAACACUCAGCAGCCUAUCAUUAUAGUGCAGCAGCCCAGCUCGAACUCGGAUCACGACUUGGAUAGACACCACCACCACCACAGUCAGCACUAUCCUUACUACCCGUACUAUCCACCCCCUCCGCCUAGUCGUCCGCCACCCCAGUUUCCCGGAAUGGACUACAUGAACAGUAUGGCGGGCGGACCCACCUACCUCAUUAUCAACCCCAACAACAUGCAGGGUAUCUACCUGCCCGCCAGCAGCUCCAACAGCUCGAACUCCACAAGCUCCCGUCGGAGCGCCUUCGUGCCCUCGAUUGACGACUUGCUGCAGGGCCUCAACUUGGAGGACUUAGCCGAUGGAAGCCUAUUUGAGGAUGAUUCCGAGGUGGUCAACGCUGCAGAGGACGGUAACUCGGAGCAUCCUAGCUCGGAAGGACCGAGCGCUCAAGCGGACGAUGAUCGCGACGAUGAUAUCAUUAGCGAGGACGAGGUCGAGGCCCUUGAGCGCCAGACCAACCGAGGCUUAAGUCCCAAGCAUCUAGUCUCGAUCCUGAUGCAAGACAAGCGCCGUCGGCGCAUCCAGGAGGUCCUGGCUAGCAUCUACUUGAGGAACUACAACCUGAACAGAAAGUAACCAGACAGGCGCCGACAGAUACGAAUUGGAAUUUUGUGAGGCUAAAUAAAAGCGGGAACCUCGUCAGAGCACCCCAUA